AUGAGUGAAGAAACGGCUAAAUCGAGUGGUCGCAAACGCGGUCGCCCUCGAAAUGUGACUGACGAUCAAGAAGUGCCAGAGAAACGUCGCAAGCAACUCCGCCUUGCGCAGCAGGCAUAUCGCAAAAGAAAGGAGACCACGAUCGGCAACCUGCAGAAUCGCGUACACGAAUUAGAAACUGGUAUCGAGAAAAUCAGCCACUCUUUUCUCUCCUUCAGUAAUCUUCUUAUAGAAGAGCAACUCCUCUUACAAUAUCCGCAUAUCGCAUCGGCCCUCCAAGACAUAACUCAGCAAUGCGUGUCGCUUGCAAAGGCUGGGAGUGAGGAAUCGACGGAGAGCGCACUCCCUCUCGUUCGGACCCCAAAAGAAUCUCAAAUUACAAAUAAUAAUACAACCUCAACAUCAGUUCUGGAUAAUCCACACUCGGAAGCUUCAACGGAUGUCGAGGACAUAAUACAAUCAGCUGCUACGAGCUGGCCUGGCCCUCCUACUCCACCAUAUCAAGAUCGCUCAAUCCUGCCGUUUGACCUCGUCAUGCCAUCACCUACUGUUCAGUUUCCUUAUACCAGUCCACCUUUAUCGGACUGCUCAUCAACACUCGGCCUACUCUCUAGUAAUAUAACGCCUGACAAGCAGUGGAAUAUCGCACAACGUCUAGUCCGGGCUUGCUGUCAAAAAGGAUACCGCUUUCUCGUCAACAGCCCCGACGAUUUCCCAGUCCAGCAGUGCAUAUUUGGGUCUGCUCUGAGUCUAGCAGACCGCAAUAGGUUGAUCUCGGGCUUUUACGCCGUCAUACAAGACAAGACCGGGGAAUUGACAAACUCCAAGGCUAAUGUGCUUCACGCCCUGCGGUCCAAUAUGAACACAUUCUCGAAUGAACAACUCCAGCUCUCCUCUAAAAUAUGGCAGAUUGCUCUCGAAUCAGCUUCUGGUCACUGGAUGGAUGCCGGCGAAGUGCAAGAAUACCUGCGCGACAAGAGAGCAAUCUUUGAGAGCUUCCCUGGCUCCUCUGGCCGUCUCGAUUAUACAGUCUCGCCAUCACUUGAUAUAACGUCCUUCAUAAAAUUCCUCUCACAUGAUGCCAUAUGCGUUGGGAACGGACCGGCAUUCCGACGACAGAGCGUUGAAAAAGCCCUUCGUCAGGCAACGAUUAGUGUGCCCUGGGAUUUCGAUAAUCUUUGUGAUUUAUAG